AUGAGACGAUGCAAAGACGACUGGGUCAACGCUACUCAGAUAUUGAAGUUGUGUAAUUUCCCCAAAGCAAAACGUACUAAGAUCCUUGAAAAAGGUGUUCAAGUUGGCCAGCACGAGAAGGUUCAAGGAGGCUAUGGCCGUUUUCAAGGAACGUGGAUUCCUUUGGAAGAUGCCCGCAAUCUAGCCAACGAGUAUGGAAUUGGCGCCGAUCUUGUUCCCGUACUCUACAUAGAUGUGGAAGAUCCAAACUUGAUAAUUCCGAAAAAGACCAAGCCCGGAGCUUCGACCACUGCUCCCAAAAGCGGAACGACUCCUGUCAAGCGCAAAUACUUGAAGAAAACCAAGGAUACACCCAAGAAACAAAGAGUUGAUGACUUACCUCCGCCGGGUGUAUAUGUGCAAGACUACAUGGCAAUGAAUAAUAAUGUUGGUCCGCUGCAACAAGAUGAUGGCAAUGUGAGUAUGCACAUGCCUCAUAUUUCUGUUCCUCAAAUUCAGAACAGUGGCAUGCAUGAUUACAGUCAAAUGAGCAGUAUGAAUGGCCAUAUGUCAGCUGAUAACAGCUUCAAUAGAUCUUAUGACAGCUAUCAAAUCCAGGCCGGUCCUGGGUUCGUUCAACCUCCUCAACAUCCGCCUAACCAACAGCAUUUGCAGACACAGUAUCACGAAAUGCAAAACAACACAUCGAAUAUUGAAGAUAUGAGUCAACAACAUAUCUUGUAUCAAGCAAACUUGAAAAGCGCUCUGUCUCAUGGCACGAAUGAGACCAAUUGGUCACAGGAGGAUCAAAACCGCGAUUCGGACACCUCAGUGUCCUCCGCGGAGGUCAAGAAUAACAUGAGCUACGAAACGGAGCCCUCACAUGCUGCCCAAAUGCUUCGCUACUUUAGUGAAGACAAUUUGCCCAUUCCCCAGUUCAUUUACAACCCAACGGCUGACUUCGAUAUAAAUGAUGCAAUUGAUGAUGAGGGACAUACAACCUUGCAUUGGGCUGCCUCGAUUGGAAAUUUGAACCUAGUCCUAUUGGUCCUUUCAAAAGGUGCAAAUCCAUUGGUGGUGAGUAAUUUUGGAAUGAAUCCUCUCUCUAAAUGUAUCACUUUCAACAAUUGUUUCGACCUUGGAAAUUUCCAGAAUGUUCUCAACGCUCUUGAAGCUUGUUUAAUUCAUACAGAUAUUAAUGGGCGGACUCCUCUCCAUUACGUCUGCCAGUUUUCUAAAGUUCGGUCCAAGUUGCCAUCACUUCUACACUACACGGAGUUGAUGUUUAGGAAAAUUUUGGCUAUUGCUGGACACGGAAGUGCAACUCGCGUGAAUUUGUUUCGCAAUGUAUUGAACCAUCAAGACAUCAAUGGAGACACAUGUCUACACCUUGCAGCCAGGUCUGCUUGCCCAGAGCUAUUUAGAUUCUUUUUGAGACAUGGCGCACAGGAUGAUCUUGUGAAUAGUAUGAAUGAGCUGCCGAAGUUUUUGAUGUUGCAGAUCGUGCCAUCAAUAUAUGACUUCAAUACAGCUGAAGUGCCUUCGGUUUUUGAGCAGUCAUCUACACCUUCUCAACCCGAAUUGGAACAGCAACGUCGUGGCUCUCAAUCAAGUCAGAAAUUAUCCGCUCCUCAAUCAGUCCACAAAAAGAGACAUUUGGCCCAUGACAUCGGUACUCCAACUCAACCUCGGUUCUCACACACAGUCACUCCAGACACACAAAAGACCACGAUUCAAGAAGAUGAUGAGGAAGAUGAUAUCAAUGACCGUGUCACCAAAGAUCAUUUGCGCUCCCUCAUGGAGGAGUCGUCUGUGAACAUAGAGGAUAACAAGGAAAACAUAUUUUUGCAAGAUCAUAAGAAGCUCAAUUAUGGCGCCAUGUCCACUCCAAAACCUUCCAAGCAGGCUCAAGAUAAGGCGUUCACUCUACCAACCGAUAAGGCUGUUGUUGAAACCCAAUCACCGCUAAAAGAUUACGUUCCAAACCCUCCUAUGAUGGACAAGUCCGGCAAAAUUGUUCGAGAAUCGCAUAAUGCGAAGACCCUGCAAGACCAGAACCUUCCUCUACCGAUCCAUGAUGUGGCAUCUAUGCUUCAUGGCAUGAUCAAUUCCUUUACCUCCUCCUGCGAUCUGGAACUUAAAAACUUGACGGAAGAACAAACUCGUUUGCAGGAAACUUUGAACGAAACAAAGUCAAAAGAGACUAAACAGUCGGAAAAACUUAACGUUCUCAUGAGGAAGAAUGGAUUUUCAGAGGUAGACAAUUACUCUGACGCGAGCGUUGAAGUGCAACGCCAUCUUGCCAAUCACGAAACACAACUAGCUACUAAAGAAAGACAGCUUCUCGAUCAAAUUGAAAAAUUUCAAUUCAAUGAGCUCACGAAUUUGAUUGCCUCCCAUCUGUCCAGAACCAGUGGACAGGAUGAAUCUGAUAACGAUCAACAUAAAUUUGAUCUUGUUGUUCAAAUCACUCGAGCUCAAUUGAAAAGAGGACGACUCGUGCAAACUCUUUUGCAAAGCAUGAAACAGUAUGCUAUUGAUUCGAGUAUGAACAAAUAUAGGAAGCUCAUUUCAUUGAGCUGUGGCCUUCGUGUUGAAGAUAUUGACAGCCUCAUCGACGGGAUUGAGGAGUCACUCACUGAUGGCAGUGCUUAA